AUUUGAGGUGCGGGGGGAGGGGGGGUGAGGAGGCAUCGGCACCAAUGGCGCUGACGUCAUCGGUGACGUCAUCAUCAUCGGAAGCACCAAUGGCGCUGACGUCAUCAUCAUCGACACCAUCGGCUUCAACAUCAGUGACACCAUUGGCAUUGACGUCAUCACCAUCGUUGGCUCCAUUGACACCAUUGGCGUUGACGUCAUCGGUGUCGUCACCAUCGUUGGCACCAUUGGCGUUGACGUCAUCAUCGUCAUCAUCAUCACCAUUGGCGGCGGCAGCAGCAGCUUUGGCACCGUUGGCGGCAGCUGCAGCAUCAUUGGCACCAUUGACGUCAUCAUUGACAUCAUCAUCUUUGGCACCGUUGGCAUCAUCAUCAACACCAUCACCGGUGACAUCAUCACUGACAUCAUCGUUGACUCCAUUGACAUCAGCAUCACCGUCGUUGACUCCAUUGACCCCAUCCUUGACCCCAUUGGCUCCACCAUCACCAUCCUUGACCCCAUUGGCACCAUCAUUGACCCCAUUGGCUCCACCGUCACCAUCCUUGACCCCAUUGACUCCACUAUCAACAUCAUUGGCUCCACCAUCACCAUCCUUGACCCCAUUGGCUCCACCAUCACCAUCAUUGACCCCGUUGGCUCCACCAUCACCAUCAUUGACCCCAUUGGCUCCACCAUCACCAUCAUUGACCCAAUUGACUCCACCAUCACCAUCCUUGACCCCAAUGGCUCCACCAUCCCCAUCCUCGGCCCCAUUGGCUCCACCAUCCCCCUCCUCGCCCCCCCCCCUCGGCUGUGGGCUCUGUGGCCGUGCCUUCGCCUCGGCACCGGCACUCACCUUCCACCUGAAGCUGCACCGGGGCCGCCGGGGCCUGGGCUGCCGGCACUGCGGGAAGAGCUUCAUCCACGUCAAGAGGCUCCAGACCCAUGAGGUGCUGUGCAGGGAUGGGGACGGCGCCAUGGACAACACCAUGGCCAACAACACCGUGGCCAAUAGCACCAUGGCCAACAGUGCCAUGGACAACACCAUGACCAACAACACCAUGGACAACAGCACCAUGGACAGCAGCACCAUGGACAACAAUGCCAUGGACAACAACACCAUCGCCAAGAGCACUGUGGCCAACACCAUGACCAGCACCAUGGACAGCACCAUGACCAACAGCACCAUGGUCAACAACACCGUGGCUGCCACCAUGAUCAGCACCAUGGACAACAACACCAUGGCCAACAGCACCAUGGGUAACAGCACCAUGGACAACACCAUGGCAAACAACGUCAUUGACAGCAUCACCAUGGACACCACCAAGGCAAUGGUGGGCAAUGGCACCAUAGUGAUUAAUAGCUCCAUGGACACCACUGUGACAAGCAAUAGCACCAACACCAUGAAGGUCAAUAGCACCAUGGACACCACCAACACCAUGAAGGUCAAUAGCACCAUGGACACCACAAACACCAUGAAGGUCAAUAGUGCCAUGGACACCACCAACACCGUGAAGAUCAAUAGCACCGUGGACACCACCAACACCGUGAAUGUCCAUAGCACCAUGGACACCACCAACACCAUGAAGGUCAAUAGCACCAUGGACACCACCAACACCAUGAAGGUCAAUAGCGCCAUGGACACCACCAACACCGUGAAUGUCCAUAGUGCCAUUGACAGCCCCAAGCCAAUGGUGUGCAACACCUCUAUGAACACCACCAAUACCACUGUACCGGUCAACAGCCCCACGGCCACCACCACCACCAUGGCCAACAGCCCCAUGGCCACCCCAAAGACCCCACCCCCCCCCACCAUAACCACCCCCCCCAAACCAGGCAAGAAGGCGCUGUUGCUGCGUCACCGCGCGCUGGAGCCGGCGCCGGAGCCGGACGCGGUGGUCAAGGUGGUGGACGGGCACCUGGUGUACGCGUGUAGCACGUGCCAGCGCUCCUACAUGACCCUGUCGAGCCUGAAGCGCCACGCCAACGUCCACUCGUGGCGCCGGACCUACCCCUGCCGCUACUGCGACAAGGUGUUCGCGCUGGCCGAGUACCGCACCAAGCACGAGGUGUGGCACACCGGCGAGCGCCGGUACCAGUGCGUCUUCUGCUGGGACACCUUCGUCACCUACUACAACCUCAAGACGCACCAGAAGACCGCGCACGGCAUCAACCCGGCGCUCAUCUCCUCCGAGAAGACCCCCAACGGCGGCUACAGGCCCAAGGUGGACGCAUUGAAGCUCUACCGCCUGUUGCCCAUGCGGGCGCACAAGCGGCCCUACAAGACCUACAGCCAAGAGGCAACACCGCACGGCUUCGUGGUGCCGGCUGUUGCCGCGGCGGAGCCGACGUCAGUCAUCGCCUAUGGGAGACCUCCCUCCGUCAUCAUGCGCAACAGCGCGGCGACAACCGCUACCCCCGGUGGUGGUGGUGGUGGUGCCUACAACCGGCCCGGCCCCACACCGGUGGUGCCGCCCAUCAAGAAGCAAGUGCUCAAGGAGUACAUUGAAGCGCAACAGGCGGCGGCGGCGGCGGCAACACCACAACCGGCGCCUUGUAGCGCCGCCGGCGACAGUCGGACCAUGACGUACGUGGCCAAACCGGCCUGCUCGGGGCCACUGGGGGGGCUGUGCCAGAUCACUGUGCGCAUCGGGCAGGAGGCUGUUGUCAAGCGGAGCAUCGCCGAGAGUCACCUGCACCCCCCGGCUACAGGCGGCGGCACCGGCGACCCCGAGGAGCGGUUGUGGGGCUACAGCCCCAAAGCCAAGCGGAAGGCGGCGGCAGGGGGGGCCGGCACCCACGGGACCGGGGGCAGCGAGGGGGUGAAGGCCCCCCCAUGGCGCCGGGGGUGGCAACACCCGUGCGGGGUGUGCGGGAAGAGCUUCCCGGCGCUACGGAAGCUGCGGCGGCACCAGCGGGGACACCCGGAGCUGGGGGGUGACAAAGGGGGUGUUGUGGGUGCGGGUGUUGGGGGGGCGGGGGUCGCGGCCCCCCCCCGCGUGGGGCGGCGCCCGUCGCUGCGGUUCGCCUGUAGCCGCUGUGUGAAGGUGUGCAGGACGGCGGCCGCGCUCAGCCGGCACCUCAAGAGGCAUCAGGCGGAGGUACAGGCGGAAGGGGGGGGGGCCGAGGGGUACGGCCCCAUAGAGGGGACGGGGGGCGGGGGGGGACACAAGGAGGUGGGUGUUGCGCCGGGUGACGCAAUGGGUGACAGCGGAAGUGAGGGCGCGGGGGGUGACAACAGGCGGACGGGUGACGCAAUGGGUGACGUCACGGUGACGUCAGCACCCCCCGGCGUGGGCGGGGGUUACCCCGUGCAGGAGCAGCCAUUGGCUCUGCUGAGCCACGCCCCCUUCUACCGGCCACGCCUCCUCCUCCUUUAG